AUGACUCUGCUGUUGCUCAUACUGUCACUUCUUCAUCAAGGAUAUACUUUGGCUCCAGUGGUCACAACUGAACUUGGUGAACCUGUGACUUUGACUUGUGCUUUUACUGACAAUUUUCAGAGCACCACAUGGAUUCACUGGUACAAGCAGAAUGCAGGCGACACUCUGAAAUUGAUUGUGAGUCAGCAAAAUCUCAUAAAACCCACUUAUGGACCAGAAUUCUCAACUUCCAGAUUUGAUGUGAAAAACACAAAUAAAAUGAGCAAUUUAACAAUUUUGAAAACAGUGCAACAAGAUGAAGGAAUGUAUCACUGUAUUCAAACGGACAUGUAUGGAUCUACCUGCAGUGGAACCUAUUUGUCGAUACAAGUAACUUCUGAGAGGACCAUGAGCUACACUGUUGUUCAGCAGCCAGCAGUUUUUCAUCCCCAUCAUCCGGACGACUUGGUGACCCUGCAGUGUUUCGUCCUCUCCGAUUCAAAAACUACGACCUGUUCAGAAGAACCUCGUGUGUUCUGGUUCAAAACCGGAUCAAAUAAAGCGUACCCAGAUAUGAUCUACACUGAUGGAAAAAAAGCUGGAAAUUGUGAUAAGAGGUUUGACUCUCAGGAGAAAUGUAUUUAUAACUUCUCUAAGAGCUUCAGUUCCUCUGAUGCCGGGAUGUAUUACUGUGCUGUGGCCACUUGUGGACAGAUAGUAUUUGGAAAUGGAACAAGUCUUAGAUAUGAUAAAACAUCAAAAAUCAGCAUGCUGUUGGUCACAGUAAUCUGUUUGGCAAUUUCUUUGACUGGUAAUAUUGCUCUAUUCUGCUUUCGAAUGCAAAGAUCGUCAUGUCAACGCUAUAAAGAAAGCUCUUCUUCACAAACAAGAGGCAAUAUUAACCAAAAACCAGAGGACGUUAUUGAAGAUGGAGCUGGUCUGAACUACGCUGCAUUACAUUUCUCUGAAGGGAGAGCAUCAAGAGGAAAGCAGAAGAGAGAGCUGAUGACUGAAGAAAGUGUGUAUUCACAGGUUAAAGGAUCGGGGUGAACAUGUGUGUGUAAACCUGCAUGGGAAUGCAAAUAUUAAUACAUG